AUGUCGACUCCGGCCGCAAACUUGGGAGACUUCCUUCGAGUAUUGAUGGCAGUGCAGGCUGUGCUCCUGACACAAGGACUCGCUCGCCUGCUCUUCAAGCACCACAAGAUCGGGGCCGAUCGCGCCGAGCUCUCGUCGUACCGGCCCAUCACCUUGCGCGAGUGCGACUACAAGCUCUUCACCAAGGUCUACGUUGCGCGACUCAACCACGUGCUGCCGGACCUGCUCCCACCGCAACAGCACGGCUUCGUCAAGGGCCGCCGAUCGGCGGACGCGUCAUUCCACCUGCGACUCUUGAUCGAGGAGCUGGGCGCGCGCGGCACCGAGUUCCCUGACGCGGCGCUCUUGUCUCUUGACCAAUCGUCGGCUUACGACCUCGUCGAGCACGAAUGGAUCUUCGCCAUCUUCGACGCUCUCGGCGCUCCUGCCGCCUUCCAACGCGUUCUGAGGAUGCUCUACUCGGGUGACUCAACCACGGCGCGAUAUAUCAUCAACGGCUUCUUGACUCCGCCGGUGCGGCUGACGUGUGGGCUCGGCCAAGGGGACCCGGCGUCGUCGUCGGUCUGGGAUGUCGUGUUCCAGCCGUUCCUGGAUGCUCUGCACCGUCGAGGCAUCGCGCUGAACCUCUCGCUUCCUACCAUUCACCCCUACCCACAGAGCCGCGCCAUUACAUCCCUUGCGUUUGCCGAUGACAUCGUCGUCGCCGUCGCGGGCUCGGAGUCACUCAACUUGCUCAACGACCUGGCACUCGACUGGAGGCUCGCAACCAAUGGCCGGCUCAACACCGACAAGACCGUCGUACUACCCAUCGGGUGUCGCUGGGAGGCUGGCGAUCGUCCGCUCGUCGUCAAGGCCGAGGGCGAGUCGCUCGAGUGGAUCGGCCUAUCUUUCGACCCCACCGGCAACACCGAACUCGCCAACGUGAAUCUCGUCGCACGGCUCGAAGCGGUGCUCGAUUCGGCACGGGACCGAGGGCUCACACACCACACCCGAGCGUUCUACGUCAACCGAUACGCCAUUCCCAAGAUUCUGCACAUCCUCUCCGCCGACAUCCCACCACUCGAGGUCGUCAAGGAGCUUGAUCGCAUUCUCGCCGACUUUGUCCGCGGCGGCAAGAGGAGGUCGUGCUAUGGCAAGGACGUCGUCUUCACACCGAGGUUCAAGGGGGGUCUUGGGGUCAUGCGGAUGCAGGACGUCGUCGACUCGGUUGCGGCACGCGUCUGGGACGUGCUUCUUGGCGGUUCGGAUGCGAUCUGGCAGGGACUUGCGCGCGCGGCGAUUGUACGAGCCCAUCCCGCCCCCGACUUUGACUUGGCAACCAAUGCGUGGCCUUGCGACUACACUCCGAUCCGAACCGAUCUACACCCAAGAUGGCAGGCCGUGCUGAAGGUACCAUCGACGCACAAUGCGCAAGUCAAGCCGAGGACGUUGACGCUCGCGAACCUUCUCGCUCUUCCGAUCAAGUUGCACACCCUUCACUACCUACCGGGAGCACCAGCUGUGUCGCGACCACCCUACGACGCCGACUAUGCUGCGUUUGCCAUUUACGCCAAGGUAGCGGACCUGUUUCGACGCGAGCUGUACCCGGGCGGGGGCUUUCAUCUCUGGACGCCGCCGACGGAUGUGGUCGUCAGCAACAGCGAAUACGAUCAACGGGGCCGCCCACAACGAGAGCACAUCGUGGCAUGGUACCGACAUGCGAUCAAUCGAUUGAGGUUCACACCAAUAGCUCAACCGGUGGCGGCAGUACGAAUCAACGGGCCUCCCCGAGUCUGA